AUGGCGAAUAAUUCACAGUGCGCGGUGUCCGAGUGUAGUGCAGUGGAACCGGUGGGUCACAGCGCUGUGGCCGCAGAUGAGAAGCGACAACGAAAGAAAAUACAGAACCGGUUGAACCAAAGAGCACGCAGACUUCGUCUUCGAGAAACGGUUCAGGCCGAUGUAACCAACAACCUACGUCCAUUCCGAGUCCAUCGUUGGCGACUUGAGGAUGGAAGUCACACCACGUCAGACAAGCAUCUGAACCGUGGUCCCGUCCAGAAUCCUCACCCCUUUGCUGAACCAAUAUCAAGCUCCAACCAAGUACAGACGGUUUCGGCUCGGUUGUCCAAGUCGGGGCUUUCUCUACCCGCUGACCACUUGCUCCAUCUGAUUCAGUAUAACGUGUUGCGAGGAGUCCACCAUGCCAAGUAUAUCCUGGCCGGGUCAUCCGCGUUCAUCAUCCCAGGCAUUGAGAAGGAUGAGAUCCGCCCCGGCCACGUUUGGUUCCUGGGUAGUUCCAUAUUUUUCGCGACGAGGCCCGGUCUCCCAGAGAGUCUGGUUCCGACGUCGUUGCAGAUGGAUAUUGUACACUCGACAUGGAUUAACUUCUUACCAAUCCCGAAGAUGCGGGAUAAUCUGAUCGCCAAGGAGUCCAGUUUUGAUCAUGCGGAAUUUGUCAGAGAUUUACUUGGGGACAAAAUCGUCGAGUAUAUGUUUGGUUCUGUAUGGUCUACCAAGCCCCCCAUUGCCAGUAGGUUGGCACUCACGGACGGGGGCGACGACGAUGUCACUGCCUCAAGACAGGGCCUUAUCUUGUGGGGAGAGCCGCACAGAGUGGAAAGUUGGGAAGUGACGCCGGGAUUCCUACGGAAAUGGGCUUGGGCUAUGGAGGGGUGCGAGGAGUUAAUUGCGUCGACCAAUCGAUGGAGGAUGAUGAGAGGAGAAGAACCCAUACGGCUGUCUCUAUGCGAGUAA